AUGACCAAUGGAUCUUAUCACUCAAAGCUGCCCAACUCAACAAUGGAUGACAGACAAAGACAUCUCCAUUUUGUCUUCAUGAACUAUGAUCCAGAAUACGAACGCCUGCAAUCUGACAGAACAAAGAGAGGGGCAAGGGAGGUGGAAAUGUACUUGAGCACCAAGCAUAACGAUCUGUUGGCUAAGAAACUUGAGCCUGGAACUUACCACAAGACCUUAUCUUUGUUCAUCGUUGAUGCUUUUGCUGUUCAAAUCACUGAUGCUCAGGCCGAUGUGCUUAGAUCUGCAAAAGAAGUAAGGGUGGUGGAGAAGAACCAAGAGCUUCCUUGAAAUAUUAUUGUUUCUGGGGUGGGUCGGAUUUGAUGAAGAAGCAUUUUGCUUAAAGAUCUAGUUUUACCUUGAGACAUGUGGUCUUUAGUCUUUAUAUAUUAACCUAAGCUACCUACAUUUGUAUAGCAUAAGAUACUAUUGUAUUGCUUAUUGGCUUUCUUUUCAGAUGGUUAAAAAUUAAACCAGUGU